CACCACAACUUACCAAGUCCUGAAACAUCGAUUCCUCGCAUUUAAUAUCUGCAUAUUGUCAAAGAGAACAUCAAGAUCCAUCAGUUUAACGGAGAAGAAUGUCGCCGUCCAUGAUAGCUCCGGUGGUAGAAGAAGAGAACAAUAUAUACCAUAAAGGCGUGAAACAUCUUUGUGACAAUGGUCUGACCAAAGUACCAACCAAAUAUGUAUGGCCUGAACCUGACCGGCCCAUACUCACAAAAUCCGACAAGCUCACCAAACCAAAACAAAACCUAAAACUUCCCAUCAUAGAUUUCGCCGAGCUACUUGGACCUAACCGGUCUCAUGUCCUACAAACCAUAGCCAAAGCCUGCGAAACCUACGGAUUCUUCCAGGUGGUGAAUCAUGGAAUGGAGGGAGACGUGAGCAGGAACAUGAUAGAAGUGUGUAAGAAAUUCUUUGAGCUUCCGUACGAGGAGAGAUCAAAGUACAUGACGUCAGACAUGACGGCUCCAGUACGGUACGGCACCAGUUUCAACCAGAACAAAGACAAUGUCUUUUGUUGGAGAGACUUCUUGAAGCUCUAUGCACAUCCUCUCCCUGAUUAUCUUCCUUAUUGGCCUUCUUCUCCAUCCGAUUUCAGGAGUUUGGCGGCUACCUACGCAACAGAGACGAAAGAGAUGUUCGAGAUGAUGGUGAAAGCCAUCAUGGAGAGCCUUGAGAUAGACGGUGACAGCGACGAGGUAACGGAGGAGUUGAAAGAAGGUAGUCAAAUGGUGGUGGUGAACUGUUAUCCACCGUGCCCAGAGCCGGAGCUGACGCUGGGGAUGCCACCUCACUCCGAUUACGGUUUCUUGACUCUUCUUCUUCAAGACGACGUUGAAGGACUUCAGAUUCUGUACCGUGACGAAUGGGUCACUGUAGAUCCCAUCCCUGGCUCUUUUGUCAUCAACGUUGGCGAUCAUCUCGAGAUAUUUAGCAAUGGGAGGUACAAAAGCGUGUUACAUAGGGUAUUGGUGAAUUCCACAAAGCCAAGGAUAUCAGUGGCGUCACUGCAUAGCUUCCCUUUGACUUCGGUCGUGAAGCCAUCCACGAAACUCAUCGACGAACAUAAUCCACCGCAGUAUAUGGACACUAACUUUGCCACUUUUCUUCAGUAUAUAUCUACUCGCGAACCCAAGUGGAAGAAUUUUCUUGAAUCACGCAAGAUUCACCAUCUAAAAUAAACGAUAAAUAUUAUCAUAUUUCUUCUUCUAAUGUUAAUAUCAUUAAGGUGGAUUAGAAUGUGUCAUGGGUUUUAUGUUAAAAGAAAACAGAAGAACAAUAAUACGUGUAGCUUCCAACAUUAUUAAGCUUUGUUAUUUAAAUUGUAUUAUAUAUAUUAUUAUCAUAGAAGGUCUUUUUUUAAAGUGCAA